AUGGAAUAUCUCAUGGAACAUCCACAGACUUGGGAUGCUUCUGCUAUUUAUCAAACCCCUCUAUGCGAGAGGCAUGAUGACGAUGUUUAUGUCACCCAAGUCGGCUUAUACGCAAAUCUCAUCAUGGCAGUCCUUAAAGGAGUCUGCGGAUUUAUGCUCAAAUCCAAGACCAUGAUGGCUGAUUCCAUCCACAGUACCACAGAUCUCUUGUCAGAUAUCAUGGCACUUGUGACUGUUAAAUGGAGUCUGAGGCCAGCUACUCCGCAGUUCCCUUAUGGAUAUGGAAAGAUUGAAAGCUUGGGCGCCCUGGGGAUGUCCGCCACACUCCUUCUUGGAGGCACUACAAUGGGUUACCGUAGUCUCUGUGGCCUCGCUGCACGAUUGCUUCCAGCUUCUUUGUUUCAUGCCCCCAAGCAGGUUUCUGUGCGCAUGGGCAACUUUGAUCGUCCGUCUUUCGCCGACGAGACCAUGUCCAGUAUGUUGGUACUCGGACUCUCUUUAACAACAGUGGCAAUUAAAGAGUGGCUUUAUCGAGAAACAAGAAGAAUUGCUCGAGAGCGGAAGUCAGUCGUCCUGGCAUCAAAUGCCAUCCAUCAUCGCAUCGAUAGUUUGACAGAGAUUGUAAUAAUAGCAGUAGUUCUCGGAGUUAGAGUAAUGCAAGACACAGCCUGGCUAGACCUUGUUGGAGGGCUAUGUAUUUCUCUAAUGGCGGUACAACCUGCAGCUGAAUUGUCUAUCUCAGCAUUAUACGAGCUCGCUGACCGAAGUAUUGGCAACGAGAUGAGAGAGUCAAUUUCAGAUCUUGUACGCGAAGUUCUGGGAGAACCUGCCUACAAAGGAGCUAUUGACGUGGCCAGUCUCACAUGCAUCAAGUCAGGCCGUCUAUUAAUUGUCGAUGUUGGAAUUACAGUUCCAGGACAUUGGCUUGUUGAGGAUAUGACUUAUCUGGAGCAGAAGAUCAGGAUUCGAGUCGAAACGGGGAUAAAAUCAAUGUGCAAUAUUCGUUUCCAUAUGGUAUCAGCCGUCAAUAGUUGA